GAGAAGGAUUUGAACUUGCAACCGAGGCAGAGUGGAGGAGACUCCUAGUUGAUGACCGAGCAGACUGCGCUCGGAAGAGAGAGGGACAGAGAGCGCUAUAACAACUGGGACCAAAACAUCUGUGCGCUAAUCUACUCUUCUGGACCUUGUUCUGGGACUGGAACCCGGGCUCUUUGGAAACUAGAUCGAAUACUUACUUGAUGGAUAUCAAGACCCAAGGUUUUGUAGAGAUGUUGCAUCUCAGGCACCUGCUCUGUCUUGUGUUUCUCUGUCGUGCGUUCGCUGAACAAGAUCCAUCAUGGAGGAUGAAGGUAGAGAAGGCUGCCCCCGCUAGUGGCUCUCUGGCUGGCAGGGUGGUGCUACCAUGCCACUUCUCCAUCACCCCCACCACCCACAACCCUAGCACACAGGGCCCAGAGGACCAGCUGAGGAUCAAGUGGACAAAGCUGGAGGAAGAUGGGGAGCGUGUGGUGCUGGUGGCCCAGGGAGGAGUGAUCAAGGUGGAGCAGGAGUACAAGGGCAGGGUGUCGGUGCCCAACCACCCCCAGGCAUUAGGCGACGCCUCGCUGAUCGUUGCCAGCCUGAGGGCUAGCGAUGCUGGGCUGUACCGCUGCGAGGUCAUGCAUGAGAUGGAGGACACCCAGGAUACUGUUCAUCUCAAUGUCAGCGGUGUGGUGUUCCACUACAGGUCUGCUUCUAGCCGCUAUACCUUUUCCUUUCCCGGGGCUGUUGGCGCGUGCCGCGCGGCCGGGGCAACCAUCGCUACGGCCGAGCAGCUGACUGCCGCCUUCGAGGACGGACUGGACCAGUGUGACGCCGGCUGGAUGGCCGACCAGACAGUCAGAUACCCAAUCACGAAGCCCCGUCCUGGUUGCAUGGGCGAUAUGAUGCACAGGCCUGGGAUCAGGACGUAUGGGCUCAGAGACCCUAAAGAGACCUACGACGUCUACUGUUACGCAGACAAACUACACGGUGAGGUGUUCUAUGCUCCUAUCCGUUACAAGCUGACCCUUCGCCAGGCUAAGCGUGCAUGCGAGACGCAGGGGGCGGUGCUCGCCUCCCCUGGCAACCUGUUCGCCGCGUGGCGCGGAGGCCUGGAUCGCUGUGACUACGGCUGGCUGUCAGACGGGAGCGCCCGCUACCCCAUCUCGGUCCCCAGGCCCCAGUGUGGAGGAGGACUGCUGGGGGUUCGGACUCUGUACCGAUUCCCCAACCAGACUGGCUUCCCCAAACCUAUUGACAGACAUGGAGCGUUCUGCUUCAAGGGUAAGGAACCAGAGAUCCCCCCUCCCGGGCCUGUGACGACCACGGAUGCUCGCAGGGCAGACACGGCCACAGACGAACCUCGCACUACCUACCACGCAGGCGGACCAAACCUUACAGGCUCAACUCCCGCAGACAGAGCUGACCGCACAGCUGCAGACAAACCACACCAAACAACUGGCCAAGACAGAAGUGAGCAUACAGGUGGACCACACGAUACCGCUUAUACAGGCACAGUCCGACAUUACACUGCCACUGACGGAACACACGCCGCCAAAGACGAGCAUCGCACCACUGACCGCGAGACGACAGGCAAAGACAGAACUACCCAGGGAGGAGACAGGACGACAGACCAAAAGACAGACUUCUCUGUUGGUACCACUCAGUUCCCUGAGUACGAUGGGGAGGACUUUGUCCCAGACCUAACCAAGGUAGAGUCAUUGCCCCCCAUGGGUGAUCCCCUGUUCCCCCUGCAGCUGCCCCCUCUCCCCACCAUCCGCUCCCAGCCCACCCGCCCCCAACUAGACAUCAACCAGGGGGGAGACAAGGAAGAGGGGGAAGUUCAGACAGGCUCAGGCAGGGGGGAGAGCAGUGGGAGUGGGGAGGGGAGCAGUAGUGAUGGGGAGAGUGAGGGGGAUGACCGGGGAGUGAUGACUCCCACACAGGGCUUCACGGCAGACACAGGACUGGGGUCGGACCCCUCACGCCCAGGACAACCAGGGUACCCAGGACAUCCAAAGGGGUAUCCAGGGUUGGUCACCCCAGAGCACGGCCCCUCAGGUGGGGACAAAGUGACAGGACAGCAGCCUGCUGUGGUCUACAAGGAGGAGGAGGGCAAGAGCUCUAGAACAACAACCCACAGCCAACCGGGAGCCACGGAAUCAUACGGCAUGGACAAAUCGGUGGCUAUCCAUGAGGAGGCCUCGCCCACCAAACCACCAAUCCACCUCAUCAUCGUCGACGUGCACGACCGGAACCAAUCAGUGAACCACAUCCUGCAGGUCCUGGGACACCCUUUAGGGGGUAAUGGAGAUUUCCAGUCCCCUCUCAUCCCAGCCUUCCCAGUUACCCAGAGUGAGGCCAUUCGCGGCAGUGAGGACUCUGACGGCAUGCCUCCCAUCCCUUUUCCCCCAAUGCUCAGCUUCGUCAACGGGAAACACCAGCAGGAGGCUAGAGGAGACCAGUUUGAGAUGGCCACACCAGUCUAUGGUGAACUGGGAGGAGAGAUGGAGCGAGGAGAGGAGAAAAGCCCCACUCCCUUUGACUAUGACUCCAUCCAUACUGGAGAGACCAGCGAGUCCACUGCUACAGACACAGACGGAGAUACCAACAGACACACAGCGAAAGACACGGACAGAGGCACAGGCAGAGACAGGACAGGAAAGACGGAGAGCUCCAAUGGAACAACCCCGAAUUCCCAACACACAUCCCCAGUCUCUUCCCCAGUCUCAGCCUCAUCCACUGGUUACCCCCAUACUUCCCCAGAUGGCGUCUCGCCUGACGAGGACAUGGAAGGGUCAGGCGGCCGUACCCAGGAGGGCUCAGCAGAAGACACCCGACCCACCCCCGCCUCAGACAGCCAAUCAGGCGUGGUCACAGACGAGACGGAGAUUGGAGGGGCGGAGAGUAUGACACACGCCCCGUCUCAUACACACUCUGCUCACACUAAGGACUCAAACACUAUAGAUACUUACACCAAGGACACACACACUCCAUCACACGCACACUCUACUCGCACUAAGGACACAAACACUAUUGAUACUGACACCAAGGACACACACACUCCAUCACACGCACACCCUACUCGCACUAAGGACACAAACACUAUUGAUACUUACACCAAGGACACACACACUACAUCACAGACAGAGGCAGGAGACUUCGAGGGGUCUUCAUCGGCAGAAGAGGAAGGCUCGGCACAGGAGGUGUACCCACCUGAAGACACCAGAUACACUAGCCCCGGCGGUCCUGGAGCCAUCGAAGCUCCCCCGGUGGGGCCUGGGGUGGAGGGACAGGUGACUGUUACACCCAAACCAGAAGUCAGACCAGGAACCAUGCCAACCCAGGCAGGAGAGACUGUAGGAGUCCACCCUGGACAUCACACAGACUCUUCUACACAGCACAGAGACCACUCCCACCAACCUGUCACACAGGAGAAAGAUCUCUCCACUCAUACUAAAGCUCAGACCAGACACCCCUCUACAGAUGGGAAGGACCAAACCAAUCAACAUAACACACACGAUAGCAAUCACUCCACAGACACUAAGGAUCGAUCCAUGUACCCCCCUACACACUCCACCCAGCGUCCAACACACGUUAGGGAUCCCACCAAGAACCAGACCACAUACCAUAAAGAUCACUCCACCCACACUAAGGACCAAACCAAACAGCCCUCUCACCCUAGAUUCCCCCCCACCCACCAUAAGAACCAAACCAGUCACUCUACCACAGAUCAGAAGACCCCACAGCACCUGAACCAAACACACACACCCCCUGCACACCCCUCCACUCCACCUCCCUCCCGCCCCAUCCCCGACUGGGCCCUGACCCCCCAGACCCCCCGGCCUGAGGGGGAGGAGUUUGUGGAUUAUGACCAGGUGAUUGGUCCUCCUCUGCUGGAGGCCGGCCCCCAUGCUCCUAAAGAACCUCAGUCCACAUACCAACCUGAAACAGGAUCUGACUACUACAUCGUGGACCAGACUGUCGAUGUCAGAGGACUGCAGCAGUGCACAGUGAAUGUGUGUUUGAACCAAGCGUCCUGCUACCAGAGAGGCAGAGCCAGCAUCUGUGUGUGUCCAACUGGAUACACUGGACAGCGCUGCGAGACAGAUGUUGAUGAAUGCCAGUCCAACCCAUGUCGUAAUGGAGCCACCUGUAUGGACGGAGUCAACUCCUUCACCUGUUUGUGUCUACCCAGCUACACAGGAGGGCUCUGUGAACAAGGAACCAGACCAGGAACCAGACCAGGAACUAUGCCAACCCAGGCAGGAGAGACUGUAGGAGACUACCCUGGACAUCACACAGACUCUUCUACACAGCACAGAGACCACUCCCGCCAACCUGCCACACAGGAGAAAGAUCUCUCCACUCAUACUAAAGCUCAGACCAGACACCCCUCUACAGAUGGGAAGGACCAAACCAAUCAGCAUAACACACACGAUAGCAAUCACUCCACAGACACUAAGGAUCGAUCCAUGUACCCCCCUACACACUCCACCCAGCGUCCAACACACGUUAGGGAUCCCACCAAGAACCAGACCACAUACCAUAAAGAUCACUCCACCCACACUAAGGACCAAACCAAACAGCCCUCUCACCCUAGAUUCCCCCCCACCCACCAUAAGAACCAAACCAGUCACUCUACCACAGAUCAGAAGACCCCACAGCACCUGAACCAAACACACACACCCCCUGCACACCCCUCCACUCCACCUCCCUCCCGCCCCAUCCCCGACUGGGCCCUGACCCCCCGGCCUGAGGGGGAGGAAUUUGUGGAUUAUGACCGGGUGAUUGGUCCUCCUCUGCUGGAGGCCGGCCCCCAUGCUCCUAAAGAACCUCAGUCCACAUACCAACCUGAAACAGGAUCUGACUACUACAUCGUGGACCAGACUGUCGAUGUCAGAGGACUGCAGCAGUGCACAGUGAAUGUGUGUUUGAACCAAGCGUCCUGCUACCAGAGAGGCAGAGCCAGCAUCUGUGUGUGUCCAACUGGAUACACUGGACAGCGCUGCGAGACAGAUGUUGAUGAAUGCCAGUCCAACCCAUGUCGUAAUGGAGCCACCUGUAUGGACGGAGUCAACUCCUUCACCUGUUUGUGUCUACCCAGCUACACAGGAGGGCUCUGUGAACAAGGAACCAGACCUGGAACCAGACCAGGAACCAGACCAGGAACCAGACCUGGAACCAUGCCAACACAGGCAGGAGAGACUGUAGGAGACUACCCUGGACAUCACACAGACUCUUCUACACAGCACAGAGACCACUCCCGCCAACCUGCCACACAGGAGAAAGAUCUCUCCACUCAUACUAAAGCUCAGACCAGACACCCCUCUACAGAUGGGAAGGACCAAACCAAUCAGCAUAACACACACGAUAGCAAUCACUCCACAGACACUAAGGAUCGAUCCAUGUACCCCCCUACACACUCCACCCAGCGUCCAACACACGUUAGGGAUCCCACCAAGAACCAGACCACAUACCAUAAAGAUCACUCCACCCACACUAAGGACCAAACCAAACAGCCCUCUCACCCUAGAUUCCCCCCCACCCACCAUAAGAACCAAACCAGUCACUCUACCACAGAUCAGAAGACCCCACAGCACCUGAACCAAACACACACACCCCCUGCACACCCCUCCACUCCACCUCCCUCCCGCCCCAUCCCCGACUGGGCCCUGACCCCCCAGACCCCCCGGCCUGAGGGGGAGGAGUUUGUGGAUUAUGACCGGGUGAUUGGUCCUCCUCUGCUGGAGGCCGGCCCCCAUGCUCCUAAAGAACCUCAGUCCACAUACCAACCUGAAACAGGAUCUGACUACUACAUCGUGGACCAGACUGUCGAUGUCAGAGGACUGCAGCAGUGCACAGUGAAUGUGUGUUUGAACCAAGCGUCCUGCUACCAGAGAGGCAGAGCCAGCAUCUGUGUGUGUCCAACUGGAUACACUGGACAGCGCUGCGAGACAGGAACCAGACCAGGAACCAGACCAGGAACUAUGCCAACCCAGGCAGGAGAGACUGUAGGAGACUACCCUGGACAUCGCACAGACUCUUCUACACAGCACAGAGACCACUCCCGCCAACCUGCCACACAGGAGAAAGAUCUCUCCACUCAUACUAAAGCUCAGACCAGACACCCCUCUACAGAUGGGAAGGACCAAACCAAUCAGCAUAACACACACGAUAGCAAUCACUCCACAGACACUAAGGAUCGAUCCAUGUACCCCCCUACACACUCCACCCAGCGUCCAACACACGUUAGGGAUCCCACCAAGAACCAGACCACAUACCAUAAAGAUCACUCCACCCACACUAAGGACCAAACCAAACAGCCCUCUCACCCUAGAUUCCCCCCCACCCACCAUAAGAACCAAACCAGUCACUCUACCACAGAUCAGAAGACCCCACAGCACCUGAACCAAACACACACACCCCCUGCACACCCCUCCACUCCACCUCCCUCCCGCCCCAUCCCAGACUGGGCCCUGACCCCCCAGACCCCCCGGCCUGAGGGGGAGGAGUUUGUGGAUUAUGACCGGGUGAUUGGUCCUCCUCUGCUGGAGGACGACCCCCAUGCUCCUAAAGAACCUCAGUCCACAUACCAACCUGAAACAGGAUCUGACUACUACAUCGUGGACCAGACUGUCGAUGUCAGAGGACUGCAGCAGUGCACAGUGAAUGUGUGUUUGAACCAAGCGUCCUGCUACCAGAGAGGCAGAGCCAGCAUCUGUGUAUGUCCAACUGGAUACACUGGACAGCGCUGCGAGACAGAUGUCGAUGAAUGCCAGUCCAACCCAUGUCGUAAUGGAGCCACCUGUAUGGACGGAGUCAACUCCUUCACCUGUUUGUGUCUACCCAGCUACACAGGAGGGCUCUGUGAACAAGGAACCAGACCUGGAACCAGACCUGGAACAAGACCAGGAACCAGACCAGGAACCAUGCCAACCCAGGCAGGAGAGACUGUAGGAGUCCACCCUGGACAUCACACAGACUCUUCUACACAGCACAGAGACCACUCCCGCCAACCUGCCACACAGGAGAAAGAUCUCUCCACUCAUACUAAAGCUCAGACCAGACACCCCUCUACAGAUGGGAAGGACCAAACCAAUCAGCAUAACACACACGAUAGCAAUCACUCCACAGACACUAAGGAUCGAUCCAUGUACCCCCCUACACACUCCACCCAGCGUCCAACACACGUUAGGGAUCCCACCAAGAACCAGACCACAUACCAUAAAGAUCACUCCACCCACACUAAGGACCAAACCAAACAGCCCUCUCACCCUAGAUUCCCCCCACCCACCAUAAGAACCAAACCAACACCCCCUGCACACCCCUCCACUCCACCUCCCUCCCGCCCCAUCCCCGACUGGGCCCUGACCCCCCAGACCCCCCGGCCUGAGGGGGAGGAGUUUGUGGAUUAUGACCGGGUGAUUGGUCCUCCUCUGCUGGAGGCCGGCCCCCAUGCUCCUAAAGAACCUCAGUCCACAUACCAACCUGAAACAGGAUCUGACUACUACAUCGUGGACCAGACUGUCGAUGUCAGAGGACUGCAGCAGUGCACAGUGAAUGGGUGUUUGAACCAAGCGUCCUGCUACCAGAGAGGCAGAGCCAGCAUCUGUGUGUGUCCAACUGGAUACACUGGACAGCGCUGCGAGACAGAUGUUGAUGAAUGCCAGUCCAACCCAUGUCGUAAUGGAGCCACCUGUAUGGACGGAGUCAACUCCUUCACCUGUUUGUGUCUACCCAGCUACACAGGAGGGCUCUGUGAACAAGACACGGAGGUGUGUGAGUAUGGCUGGCAGAAGUUCCGGAGCCAGUGUUAUAAGCACAUCACCCACCGUCGCACCUGGGACGCUGCCGAGAGGGAGUGCCGUCUCCAUGGAGCCCACCUCGUCAGUGUCCUGUCACAGGAGGAGCAGCUGUAUGUCAACGGUCUGGGCCAUGACUACCAGUGGAUCGGUCUAAACGACAAGAUGUUUGAGAGAGACUUCCGCUGGACUGACGGCAGCAUCAUGCAAUAUGAGCACUGGCGUCCCAACCAGCCAGACAGUUUCUUCCAGUCUGGAGAGGACUGUGUGGUGAUGAUCUGGCACGAGGGAGGACAGUGGAAUGACGUACCCUGCAACUACCACCUCACCUUCACCUGCAAGAAGGGCACAGUCUCUUGCGGCCAGCCACCAGUAGUGAAGGAUGCUCGUGUGUUUGGUUCUAUGAAGCCUCGUUAUGAGAUCAACACUCUGAUUCGUUACCACUGUAAAAACGGCUUCAUACAGAGAUACCCCCCCACCAUCCGCUGCCGUGACAACGGCCAAUGGGACAGCCCCAAGGUCACCUGCAUGAGCCCCACUACCUACCAGAAGUCUUUCGCUUCCAGGAAACACACCGACAAUCACAGUCAUAACCAGAAUCAGUACAAUCACAAUGAUCACAGCCAGUUCAACUAUCAAAACCAACAAUACAACAGCCAAAACAAUCAAGGCCAACAGAAGACCAACAACUAAAAGCAAAAACAGCAGAGCGAGAGGAGACAUCAACACUAAUCUGAUCUCUGGUCAGUCCUUACAAGCGCAGAUACGGUUGCAAAAGGAACUGGAUUUCUGGAAAAUGUGGGAAUUUCUGAGAAAAUGUACAGUUAUUCUGCAUCCCUAAUCCCAGAGCAACUCAGAUCAGAUCAUAUCCACCGGGCUAGCUAGAACCCAUAGAUAUACAUAUAUAUAUGUGUAUAUAUAUAUGUGUAUAUAUAUAUGUGUAUAAAUAUAUAU